UCGGAGAGCUUCACCACACAAACACACACACACACACGCACACACACACACGCAUACACACACUACACAUACACAUUCACAUUCACAUUCACAUACAUACACGCACACACUAGCACACACAUACGAGCAGACAGAGAGCACCGCCAGCCGUCUAACUAAAGCCUCGUUUGGGAUUGUCUAAUCUUAACGCUAUAAAAGACCUGGAUGCCCCCCAAGCACAGGAGUCAUCCUAAUGGGCCUGCAUCGCUAAUUUGCCACAACAUCUGGUCGACAGUAAAGCGGUAUCUUUUACGCUCUGAUGGUACCAGCUGAACAGUGACCGCUACCUGCCUGAGGACACUUGCUGCCCAAUUCCCUUCAUCAUGUCUGGGAUCCAGGCACCAUGGUCAAGUGGCACAGAGUGUGUAGCCAAGUAUAAUUUUCAGACCUCAAACGAACAGGACCUGCCCUUCUCUAAAGGAGAUGUGUUGACCAUCAUUGGAGCCACCAGGGAUCCCAACUGGUACAGAGCGAGGAACACGGUGGGCAGGGAGGGCACCAUCCCAGCCAACUACGUCCAGAAAAGGGAAGGAGUCAAGUCAGGAGGGAAACUCAGUCUUAUGCCAUGGUUUCAUGGGAAGAUAACUCGAGAGCAGGCCGAGCGGUUGCUCUACCCUCCAGAGACUGGUUUGUUCCUGGUGAGGGAGAGCACCAACUACCCCGGUGACUACACUCUGUGUGUCAGCUGCGACGGCAAGGUGGAGCACUACCGCAUCAUCUACCACAACGGCAAGCUGACCAUCGACGAGGAGGAGUACUUUGAGAACCUCAUGCAGCUGGUGGAGCAUUACACCAAAGAUGCUGAUGGCCUGUGCACCAGGCUGAUUAAACCCAAGCUGAUGGAGGGAACAGUGGCAGCGCAGGACGAAUUCUCCAGGAGCGGCUGGGCCUUGAACAGAAAGGAGCUGAAACUCCUCCAGACCAUUGGCAAAGGGGAGUUUGGAGAUGUGAUGGUCGGGGACUACAGAGGGACCAAGGUGGCAGUCAAGUGCAUCAAAAACGACGCUACAGCACAGGCUUUCAUCGCUGAGGCAUCUGUCAUGACGCAACUGAGGCACAACAACCUGGUGCAGUUGCUAGGGGUAAUUGUGGAGGAGAGGGGUAGUCUUUACAUCGUCACAGAGUACAUGGCCAAGGGCAGUCUAGUGGACUACCUCCGCUCUCGAGGACGGACAGUGCUGGGUGGAGACUGCCUACUCAAGUUCUCUCUGGAUGUGUGUGAAGCCAUGGAGUACCUGGAGGCCAACAACUUCGUCCACAGAGACCUGGCUGCGCGCAACGUGCUGGUGUCUGAUGACAACAUUGCCAAGGUCAGCGACUUCGGCUUGACCAAGGAGGCUUCUUCCACACAGGACACUGCCAAGCUGCCUGUCAAAUGGACCUCCCCAGAAGCACUAAGAGAGAAGAGGUUCUCCACCAAGUCAGAUGUCUGGAGUUAUGGAAUCCUGCUUUGGGAGAUCUACUCCUUUGGGCGUGUGCCUUACCCCAGAAUUCCCCUGAAGGAGGUGGUGCCCCGGGUGGAGAAGGGCUACAAGAUGGACGCCCCUGACGGCUGUCCGCCUGUGGUGUACGACCUGAUGAAGCAGUGCUGGACCCUGGACCCGGUGGUGCGGCCCUCCUUCCGCAUGCUGAGGGAGAAGCUGCAGCAUAUCAGAGCCAAGGAGCUCUACCUGUGAACAGAAAGAGCAGGAGGAGGAAGACGAAGGAGGAGGAGUAGGAAGAGGAGGAGGAGGAGGAGGCAAGGCGCCACGCAGCCCAGCACAGCCUUUGGGGAGGAGGAGGAGGAGGGGGAGGAGGAAGAGGAGGAAGAGUAACCACAUCCACCCUCCUUCUGCCUACCUGCCCAGCCCAGCCUGUUGACCUGUGGGACUGCCGCACUGUGCUCGCUCCCCUCACCUCAAGUUGUCUUCCUCUGCUUCCAUUCAAGGACUGAUUCCUGUUUGUGUUGUAUAGCUUUUGCCAGACAGAUCGCUCCUCUCUCGAUGGGCCAAUGCUCUAUCCCCCUCUUGUAUCUGCCCUCGCUCUCUCUCUCUCUCUCGCUCGCUCCCUCUCUCUCGCUCGCUCUUUCUCUCUCUCUCUCGCACUCGCUCUCUCUUUCUCUCUUUCUCCCUCUCAAGUGUCCCUCCUACCCACCCUCCCUCCUCCUCCUCUCCUGAACAUGACAUUAAUUGGGGGGGAGGCUGGCCUUUUCCUCCAUGUUUGUCAGGUGCUCUUUCUUCUUCCCCCACCCCUCAUCAUCACUCCUGGAUCUCUGUAUCACAACGUGGCUCUGCAUGCUUUUCAGCUCCCCUCUCCGUCUUUCCAUACCUCCUUCUAUCCCUCCCUCCCUCCCCUCUUCCCUCCCUCUCUCCCUCCCCUCAGUGUGUUGUCAGGUGUGGGGCCUUCGCUCUGUGCCAAAGUGCCUCCAGUCUACAGAGCUCCAGACUUCCCUCCAGCACUCCUCUAAUUGGACUAUUCUGGUUUGAUUCUUUUUUUAUUCCUUUUUUUUUAACAAAUCUUUUUUUUACUGCUUUUUUUUUCAUUCAGGGAGGUUGGUAAUUUGUUUUUCAUGCUGUCUCCUCCCCACCACCCUUCUCCCCUCCCAGAUUGGGUUUUGUUUUUCUGUGUGACCAUAAAAAGAGCGGGAACAGGAAGAGAGAGGGGUUGUGGGCUAGUAUCAUGUUUGCUCCCACAGCUGACAUCGUCCAAUCAAGUAAACUCCGGGGGGCGGGGGGCGGGGGGCAAGGGGCGCAGUGGGGAGGCGGGUAAAGACGUAAUCAGAGGCGGGGGUGGGGGGGAGUUCACAAACGUUGUUGAUUCAUCAUAUGUGGGCUUGUUUUUUUUAUAUCAAAAUAUAUUUAAAGGAUUAAAAAAAGAACAAGGAAAAAAACUGACGGGCAGAGAGAAAAAAAGGUUGACUUUCAGAAGCCAAGAGGAAAGACGGUCUCUUGGCAUUAGGAAUGUUCAGUGUCUCUAUGAACGCUGGGGUUGGGGUGGUGCAUGCUGUGUGUGAGAGGCCUUGGGUUCAACUGUCAGUGCUUUCAAUGUUCAUUGUUUUAUUAUGCUACCAUGAUUAUGAAUAAAUCAUUCCAUUUGAA